GUCAAUUUCUGUCCCUACAGUAGAGAUAGCCUAUUAUAAAGUUCAUAUCCUUCAGCCGCGAGUUUGAUCUGUGGCAUUUCUUAGUCAACGCAGGCACUCAGCGCAUAACAAGUUCUGGGCAUUGUAACACACCUCUUCUACAGUUUCCCCUUUUAACCGCACGCCUUUGUCUUCUAGAUUCACAAUAAGUCUUAAAUCUCGUACUAGAAGUUUUGGGUUUCUUACAAAGUGGCAGGCGGUUCAAUCACCAUCGGCAAGCAAUAUGGCCCUGUGGCAGGAACUCAAAGGUUUACAGACGUAGAAAAUAGAACAUUAAGCUCUGCGCAAGCAGGGCUCUGCUGGUGGUGCCCUGCUUUGACGCAAGGACAUCAUGGAGAUGGAAAAUGGGCCAGGCGCUACCCCAGGGACGCCUACCCAGGAUCGAAUCACUCUACAGCCGGGGCAGCUCUCAAAGCCCGAAAAGGUUUGGGUGUCCUCCUCAGCGCUCAUCAUCGGGUUCUACCAGGCGGCGCCGUACAGCGAUGCCUUCAAGAUAUUAUACAAGAAACCGGGUGCUAUAUUCGGCACCCAGAUUACCCUUACACCCGCCUCCAUCCUGGGUCCGGAACUGGCUGUACGGCAACCCAUGGCGGGCGAAGUGCAGUACUUUGAGUACGAGAUCAAAAAGCUGAAGCCCAGCACGCAGUAUGUGGUGAAGGUCAAGACGGGCGACGACGCCACGGAGGUUCGCUCUGACAAGAUGGGCACUGUGAGCCUGGAGGAGGAGCGCAACAGGAACAACGUCAUGAGCAACUUUGUAGGCGCGCUGGUCAAGCUGGGCGACUAUGACGGCCUGGUGUUGUCCUUCGCGCCGGCCACCGGCAUAUUUGCCAUACGCAUCCUCCAGAUUGAUGACGUGGCCUCAUCUCGGCAGCUGACGCGGGUUACCUCGGAGUAUACGGACAACGGCAUAACGGUGCAGGCCUACACGCUUAGCCAGGUUCGUUUCGGGCACUGGGGCGGCGCCAUCACGAACAGCAAGGUGGUCAACGAGGGCGAGCUCAAGUGGCUGGUGGCGCGGGCGGUGCAGCUGGGCGACAAGAGCGACGCAGCCACUGCGUUUGAGGCGCGGCAGCGGCUGCUGCAGGCACAGGUGGAGAAGGUGACAGCGGGCCUGGAGGCGGAGUGGGCUGGCCGCUUCCGAAACCUCAAGCUGCGAGCCGCCAUGUACCUGCUGAUGCUGUUGCUGGUGGCUGCUGCUGCCGGCGGCGGCAUGUGGGUGCUGCUGAGCGCUGCGGGUGCUCGACAGAGGGACCUACAGGCGCGGCUGGCAGCUAGCGGGGAGAGGCUGGCAGAGGCGGAGGCGGAGCUCCAGUUGCUACACCUGUACCGCGUUUCUCUGGAAUUGGACAUUGGACGGCGCGUGGCGGCACCAGCGGACUUCCCCACGCACCACCCCAGCUUCACCAACAGCAGUAGCGCCAGCAGCACUUGCACGAGCAACGGUAGCAGCAGUAGCACCCACAUCAGCUGUCAUAUAAACAGCAAUAGCGGUGGCAAUGCUAGUGAUUGUGGCGCCCUUGGGAAUAGCAGCAGUGCUGAUGGCCUUUGCAGCGGUGACGGCAGUUCGGAUGCCAGCGGUGUAGCGGGCUCAAACAGGAAAAACAUAGCUGCAGCGGCGGCGGCCGCUGCGACCACAACCGGGAAGCCUGGGGAACCUGCGUCAACGGAUCCCGCUGACGGCACCAGCAGUGACAGUGGCAAUGCUUCCGGGCGAAAACAGCACCAGAGAAAACCGGCAGAUGGGAACGGCGAUGAAACAGUUACCAAAGCCGGCGGGGGCAGCCGGAAGCCGACCCAUGGGUCUGUCGGCCCAUGGGAGCCCAGCAGUCGACGUAACGGCGACGGCGGCGUGGACCGCCGCUCUCGGUCUACCAAAGACAGCGGGAAGCGGAGCCGGCAAAGGCGUCCCUCCUCCUCUAGCGGAGCAACCAGCAGUGGCGGAGACGGCGAUGGUCAUGACGGCAACAGUGAUGUGGGCAGUAGGGGCGGUCCCGACGGCGACUGCGGCGGCGACGCAGCCAACUGGGCCGACGCGGGGCAGUUGUGGGGUCUGCCGCAUGCGGCGUUGCGUAGGGCGAUGUCACGGGGGCGAUUCGGUCGCGUCGCUGCAGGGUCGCGGCACAAUGGAGGCGGUGGCGGUGGGGACAGUCUGUACGAGCAGCAUGAGUCUGCGGGGGAGCAGCCAGAUGCCUGGACGUUCAUCCAUUACGUGUCGGCUGUGUAUGCCGUACAUCUACAGGAAUGGAUGAAGGUACAACUGCAAAAGACGGUUCGUCGAAAGGUCAAUGAGAUGCUUCUACCAACGAACGCCAAUACACUCUCCGAAACCGGCGUCGUCGACGCUGACGCCGGCGGCGACGGCAGCAGUGCUAGCGACGACGGCAGCAAAGGUGUUGAACGCGGCGAGAACAGGAAAAGCCGGCGGUCAGCGGCGGCUGGGAAACGACGAUUCCAACGAACGUAUGCCAACGGUGAUUACGAUUAUGAUGAGGAGGAUGAAGGGCAGCAUGACUACCAGGAUUUUGAUGGACUAACUUACGACAGAGGGUAUUACUGAGCAGCAGGGUGUGUGUGAAGGACUUGGUACUUGGGAUUUGAUGAGGUGUUGACGCCGGGAGCGAUUAGGGCAUCCGUAUUGCAUGAGGAUUGGAAUGGUUGGGGCUUGGGAGGAGGAGGUCCAAACUCAAGAGCGAGUGGCAAAUGUACAUUCUUGGCUAGUAAGACAAGAGUACGAGUAAGGAAAUGCUCAACACUUGGUUGCUAUGGCUGAUUCCCUAGCAGAUGACGACAGACGCUUGGACUGGGGAUAAAAGAGGAAUAAUUAACCAUGUGACUAACCACGUGCUUUCCUCCACGUUCGCAUUUGUAGGUUGUUCUUCGGCGGGUACCCGGCAUAGGAAUGCUGGUGGUGGUGUCCGUGUGUACGGCUUUUGGGCUGAUGCGCCGUACAACCGCCCAGUGCGUGUUGGACGCGUGCAGAAGCCGGCGUUAGGACUGCCGUUUAGUUGGUAGAAUGCAACAUCCUUAGGCCACAGGGCGUGAUUACCAUGUAGAGGGAGGAAUGCCAUAGUGCAUUGCCUAGGGCGAGUGCAUGAGUGAAUUAAAAAACCCUUCGAGUACCACAUACGAAAAUUCCAGCAGCUCGAUACUCGAGAGUUGAAAGCAUCCGGAACAAUCUUAUAUUGCCCCACAUAGCCCUAACCGCGGCGGACAGAACCAUGAAAUGCAC